CUUGUGUCAAGAGCUAAGCUUUUGAGCUGGACAGAGAACCCGACCGUGGCAGUAACUUCUCUACGGAACAUCUGAAGAAUACUCCUAAACCUUGUAUUUCUGAAGGAUUCUGCUUCUCAAGACGUAAACGUCAAAGUUUGCCCAUUCUGGACUUGCAAAUAUACUUGUGUUGUUUAUUUAUUUAGCUAUUAAAUCAUUAGCUAGCUAGGCAAAGUCUACGUUUUCUCUCAACUGGACACAUCAAGGAUAAUAUCGGUUGCAAUGCAAGUCGUUUAAUUUCAGAAACUACUCAAGCAAAGGAUAUCUCUGGUGAUCAUCUAUUUCACUUAUGCAUUUUGCACAUGAACUAAAUAGUAUUUUUAUGAAAUUCUUCGGACAUUUGUCAAACUAGCUACGAAUUGUGAGACAUCGCUUCCACGUCGUAUCGGAAACUCCAACUCCUUUCAUUCACUGUUGUGAAUACAGUUUUCUGGAAUAUUUGAGUUUUGCUAGUAGCUAAACGUAUUUUAAUUUGAACACAGUCGUUAUUUAAAUUUACUAAAAUGAUGCGGCUGCCCAAAGGCGUUUCUCCUGCGUCUGGCCGAGGUGCUGUAGGAGGAGGACUGUCGUGUUCACAGAAUAAAGUUUUGUCUGGAGUGAAAACAGAAUUCUUCAGCACCGGGUUAUGCAGUUCACCGAUGAACUCGGUACCGGCAGGAUACUUCACCCAAAUCUGCAACACGACAGCGGCCGAACAAAGGGUGAACUGCCUCUAUGCAACUCCCCAUGGACCUGAAGCUAAACCCAUCAGAUCAUCCUCCGGCAGACUCCCGGCCAAGAGGAAGCUGGACCUGGAGGACCCUCUCUACCUCCCAGACUUCAGGACCCCCAAAGGAAAGGGGGUUGUGGCCACAGCCAGAAUCCCUAGUCCCAAAACGCCCAAGUCCCCCGGUGAGCGGACGCGCUACGACACCUCCCUGGGUCUGCUGACCAAGAAGUUUGUUGGCCUGCUGAGCGAGUCACCUGACGGCGUGCUGGACCUCAACUGGGCCACCGAGGUCCUCGAGGUGCAGAAGAGACGCAUCUAUGACAUCACUAACGUGCUGGAGGGCGUGCAGCUGAUCCGCAAGAAGUCCAAGAACAACAUCCAGUGGAUGGUGGGUGGCGUGUUCGAGGGCUCGGCCAGCAGCGGGGAGAAGUCUCGCGCCCUGAAGAAGGAGCUGGGAGAGCUGGAGAGUGCCGAGAAGGCCCUGGAAGACCUGAUCACGUCCAGCAGCACCCAGCUCAAGGAGUUGACCGAACACGGGGACAACCAGGGACAACUAGGUUACGUCACCUACCAGGACAUCAGGUCUAUAGCCAGCCUGCAGGACCAGACGGUCAUCGCCGUCAAGGCCCCGUCAGAAACCAAGCUGGAGGUGCCUGAGUCCUCGGAGGGCUCCCAACAGAUCUACCUGAAAAGUAAGAACGGGCCCAUUGAGGUGUACCUCUGUUCCGAGGAGGGCCUGGAGGAUGCCAGCCCCGUCAAGAACACCACCACCCCCAGGAAAGACGACCCUCAUCACCCCCUGGGUCACAUUGUCUCCCCCUCCCUCGCCAUGGCACCACCACAGUACACCACUAUGAAACAGGAGCCCCAAUACACUGACGUCAAGCAGGAGCCCAUGGAAGCUGAACUCUCCAGACCUGCACCAGUAUCCCUCCCCAACACCACCAACCCCACCACCCUCCUGGACGUAGAGGGCCUCCUGGGCCUGCCCCCCAGCUUGCUCCAGAUGACCGAGGACCAGCUCCCGGGCCCCGGGUUCACCCCCGACCCCAACACCCCCUUCGUCAGCUUCUCGCCGCACCUCGACCACGACGACUACCUCUGGGGGCUGGAGGAUGGCGAGGGCGUGUCCGACUUCUUCGACACCUACGACCUGGGAGACCUGCUCCAGAGCUGAGGGAGGGAGAGGGCGGAUGUUAUAAUAGCUAGGGCUCAGAAUAUAUAUAAUAUAGGCUAUAACUGGUCAAGGGGAAAACUCCUGUCCCUAUUCAUGAAGGAGUAGUGUCCUCUGUAGAGGUAUGGGGUGAAGGGGAAAUGCUACACUAUGACGCCAUCAACCUUUGCUUUAGCCAUGUCUGUUCCGCGUUAAUGAUUUGUCUAAAAACGGGCCCUUUGUGGCUGUUCAUUUGUAUAUACAUGUGUAUAGUUUUUGAGUUUGGAUUUAGGUUAGUGCCUGGAUUGACACUGGUCUGUGUGUUUUGUGUGCGCUGUGUGUGUCCAGCUUAUGAAGCUCUCAGCGUUGUGGUUUGUGUAUUGGUAUAGUGGACAGUUUGUUGUCCGUCUCGUUUCUAUUCUGUGUGCUGUGUGAAAAAUGCUAUGUGCUGUUUGAAAAUAUAGACACAGCGCAUUUUUUUUUAAUGCAUAUCUGAUGACCAGCAAAAAAAAUCAACUCGGGCAUUUUGGGUUGGGGGUGUUAUUAAUAACUCUCAGGAUUUCUUUGUGACUUCAAAAGUCUAAAUGUUUAUAGUGCGCAUCUUUGGCCAUUAGGGGGCAGCAUUGUAUUAUGUCAGCUGUAAACUUGCCAGCUUUUAGAAGGUUGAAUCACUCACUGUAUGUUUUAAAAACCGAAGUGAAACGGGGAGGUACUACUGAAUGUCGCCAAUAAAGAACACCGAUUUCAUUUGUCCGCUGCAAAACGUAUUCAAAUAUUAUGCCCUACUGAUCACGACCCAGGUACCAAACAUGGAGUCUGUGGCGCUAACGUAACGUGCCGUUUCAACGAGGUGUUUCGGAAGUAUGGUUAGAGUGUAGUUGUCGGGUAUUCCCAAGACAUCUGUUUUACAUUGGGGACCUGACCUGGUCACUACAUCUAGCCUCAAGCUUUAUGGAAGGUCAGGUGGUGAUGUAUUCUGUCUCCCAUGCCAGAAUGUGUCCACAUCUAAUCAUAGAGCACAGGUGUCAAACUCAUUCCCUGGCAAAUCUGCAGGUUUUUUGCUCCUCCCUUGUACUUGAUUGAUGAGUUAAGGUCAUUCGUUAGGAACUCCCCUCACCUGGUUGUCUAGGUCUUAAUUGGACACAAAUUGAAAGGCAACAACUCAAACCAACAGACACUCGGGGGGCCUCCAUGAAACGAGUUUGACACCCCAGUCAUAGAGGUUAGUUAUAGAAGCGGUUCUGGACCCAUAGCCAAAAGACACAGAAGUUGCAUCCCAAAUUGUGCCCUAUACAGCGCACUGCUUUUGACCAGAGGUCAUAGGGGAUAGUGUGCAAUUUUUGGGAUGUAGUCAAGUGUCUUUUUUUUUUUGGUGACCUGAUAUUAUCGAUCGACAUAUUGAUCCCUAGUCUAUAUGUGACUGGCUAGAGUAUCACGCUUUGCUCUUGUGAAUCGGCAGCUAGGUUUCACAUCGGGAAGCUUCUCUAUCACUAUCAUUUGAUAGUGUUUCUGUAGUAUCUAGAAUUCGUAGUAACAAAUGACCUUAUAUUUCCAAGGAAAUUAAUAAUCUAGUAAGGAUGAUAAUACGCCACAACAUCUGGGUGUUUUGACUAGAGGGCAAUUUUAAUUUCCCACUUCUUUUGAAACUAGAUGAAGUCUUUGAUUUAAAUGGUGGAUUGUGUGUUGAAACGCUCGCCAUGCACCCAUAAUAGGGAACAAAGAGCACUUUGUGUCUUUUCCUGUUUUUAUAUAUAUUUUUUUUUAAAUGAAGGCUCGGCCCCACGUGUGUGGUACUUUAAACCUGGGAGAAAGAGCCGAAAUUACACGCCACGGUCAAAUUUCUCCCUCUGUCUUUUAGACUGGGCUGUGUUCGCACCGAACUGAACAAAACACAUCUCAAGAUGUUUUUUGAGCAUGAAUUCCGUGUUGGUGCAUUUUCUGCCUCUUCCCCAAUGCGGGUUAAGUCAAUUGUCCUGUCCUAACAAACUUGAAUAUUUUGUGUGCGUGUGGUUUUAUUUGUUUGUGUGUGUGUGUGUGUGAAGGUUGGGAAAUGGGUGUUUUUUUUAAAGUUGUAGAUUUGUAGACAAUUUUUUAUUUUUUUAAUGUUUUAUUGUGCAUAAUUUUUUUGUAACUGUACAGAAUUGAAUUUGUAUUUAUAAUUCCUGAAAUAAUUUGUUUUUAAUACUGACCAUUGUAAAAGAGCAAACGUCUCUGUUUGACAUGCGGCACUUAAUAUUUUGUAUUAUUGUGGUUGGUUUGAAAAGAGUAAAGUAUUAAAGCCAUGGUGUAAA